CUUCGAAUGAUGCAUUGACUUUCUAGAGUCUUAUUGAUCCGCUGCUCCCGCCGGAACUGUCAGGAGAAAUGUCGCUCUCUCCACCCGCCGGCCGCCGAUACCAAACCAGCUGUCGGAAUCACAGAAGUCAAAAGUCCGCUCCAUACCAUACUAGUCAGCAGCGAGGAUUCUCGCCUUUCCAUUUCUCCACCACUUCCAGUACAAAAUCCCUUCUCAACCCUUUCCCCUAAAUUCCAGCGAUUCUUCGCUCUGAAACCCUAAAAUGGACUCUGUCGGGCUAGAAGUGGUUCUGAUCACCGGCUGCUCGCAGGGAGGCAUUGGCCACGCCCUGGCUAAAGAGUUCGCCGCUAAUAACUGCCUGGUCGUCGCCACCAGCAGGUCUUUGAGCUCCAUGCGAGACUUGGAGCAGGACGACAGAUUCUAUCUCCUGGAGCUCGAUGUCACUUCCGAGGAGAGCGUGCAGCGGGCGGUGGCAAACGUCAUAGACAAGUAUGGGAGAGUGGAUGUUCUGGUCAAUAACGCCGGCGUUCAGUGCAUCGCCCCAACUGCUGAGGUCCCUCUGUCUGCCAUGCAGCAGGUUUUCGAUACCAACGUUUAUGCAACUGGAUUUAUAUGCAUUGCAGGCCCGAUGCGGAUGAUUCAAGCUGUUGUUCCACACAUGGCAUCCCGAAGAAAAGGGAAAAUCGUAAAUGUAGGGAGCACUGUAGUCCUGGUGGCUUUUCCUUGGAGCGGGCCAUAUUGUGCAUCUAAGGCCGCACUCCAUGCUUUAACUGACACGUUGAGGUUAGAAGUGAAGCCAUUGGGGAUCGAUGUGAUAAAUGUAGUUCCAGGUGCGAUUCAGACGAAUAUACUGCACUCGGCUCAGAGUAACUAUAAAUCUGGGUGGAAUCUAUACAAGGCAUUUGACCCAGCAAUGAGACGAUUAGCCUCCCAAGGCACAGUAGGUACUCCUGUCGCAACAUUUGCAAAGCAUACUGUUGCUGCCAUCCUCAAGAAACAUCCCCCAGCAUGGUUCUCGUCAGGCACGUACUCGACCAUCAUGGCCAUUGCGAGCCAUCUGCCAUGCCGUAUCAAGGAUUUGCUUGUUCGUGGUUAUCUUAAACCCUGAAUCAUUAUUCUUCACAUUAUUCACUGCGAAGGGUCUUCUCUGCAGCUUCUUGUAUGCAAGAUGGUUCAGAUUUCACCAUAUCUAGCAAUGCUCCCAUCUUUCUUCUGAAUGGUGUGACUUGGCGUGUUCUCUGGUGCAUCAUGUGGCUAGGAAGGGUCCAAAACUCUGUAGUUAUCUUUGUUGAUAAAACUGAUUAUCAGCAACUGGGUUUAUGAUUAACAUUGAUGUGAUUGUUUGGGCAUUGCUUCUUCCUUAAUGCUAUUCUAAUCUGAUAAUAUAACCCGAUGCAGGACAAGCUCGGUGUUGGAGAGAUGAUGAAGGUGGUUAAUGAUGUUGGCAAUGUUAAUAUCAACUAGUAAUCCUGGUAUGUGUAUUCCAUUCUGGGAUCGUUUCGACCGGAGGAAGAAGAUGAAGUAGAGGAAAUGAAGAAGAUGAAGAAGAGGGAUUUCAAUGGAAUUGUGGGUGGAUAGUUUGUUGUCUUGUCCUUUAAUUUAUUUAGUAUUCACAUGAAGCUUCUAGUUGAAGGUCAAUCUAUGGCUUGAUGAUCAGUGAUAUUUAGGGUUUGUUUCGGUCGAAGGAAGAAGAUGACGAAGACAAAGUUUCAUUCGAACCGUGGAUAGUCAUCAUAAAUUGUAUUUGUCAAUCAACCAAACGAUUGGGCUUAGUGUAAUGCAAUAAUUUGCGAUCCAAUUUGUGAUUCUUUUAUGGCUAAUGGGCCAAGCAAUAGGUGUAAGUAAUAUUUGUUAUUGAAAUUUAAAACGAUUCUGGAUCAUUUCAGCUAGUGUUGGAAACUUAAUAUACGUG